UGCUCAGCACCUGGGUGCAGCUGGCAGCCCUGGGGGGCAGUGCAGCUCUGUCAUCUGCACCAUGAGGGUCUGGUGGCUCCUGCUUGCCACAGGAGUCUGCACAGGGGGCGUGAACUCACAGGACACGUGCAGGCAAGGGCACCCUGGUGUCCCUGGGAAUCCUGGUCACAAUGGUUUGCCUGGAAGAGAUGGACGAGAUGGAGCCAAGGGGGACAAAGGGGAUGCAGGAGAACCAGGACACCCUGGUGGGCCAGGGAAGGAUGGACUGAAUGGACAGAAAGGAGAACAAGGAGCAGAUGGAAAAGUUGAAGCCAAAGGCAUCAAAGGGGCUCCCGGCUCCAGAGGACCCCCAGGGAAGCAUGGGCCUAAGGGGUUUGUGGGCCCCAUCGGGGAGAAAGGCCCCAGAGGAGAGACUGGUCCUCAAGGGCAAAAGGGGGACAAAGGUGACGUGGGUCCCAUCGGUCCAGGAGGGCUAAAGGGCAACAUCGGACCUUUGGGCCCAACUGGUUUACAGGGCCCCGUUGGCCCCAUUGGAAAGCCCGGUCCCAAGGGGGACGCUGGGCCCUUGGGACCUCAGGGAGAGCCAGGAGCCCGGGGAAUGAGAGGCUGGAAAGGGGAGCGAGGAGAAAAAGGGAAAAUGGGGGAGUCUCCAGUCUUGCCAAAAAGCGCUUUUACGGUGGGGCUCACCGUGCUGAGCAAGUUCCCUUCCUCAGACGUACCCAUUAAAUUCGACAGGAUCUUGUAUAACGAAUUCAACCAUUACGAUAUCGCUACGGGGAAAUUCAUUUGCCACGUUGCCGGCGUCUAUUACUUCACCUACCACAUCACUGUUUUCUCCAGGAAUGUGCAGGUAUCUUUGGUCAGAAAUGGGGUCAAAGUCCUGCACACAAAGGACAGCUACAUGAGCUCUGAGGACCAGGCCUCCGGCGGCCUUGUCCUGCCGCUGAAGCUGGGGGACGAGGUGUGGCUGCAGGUGACAGGAGGCGAGAGGUUCAAUGGCUUGUUUGCAGAUGAGGAUGACGACACGACUUUCACGGGCUUCCUCCUGUUCGGCAGCUGAUGACGGAGAAGUGUUUACAAGUCGCCGUCCGUGGGAACGAGCGCCAUUAGUUGACGUUUCUCUAUUAAUUACUCUCAUUAUUGUAAUAAUCACUAAAAGGUAAAAAUAGAAAAGUUACUCUUGA